AUCAAUUAUCUCCGAGAGCUGUUGGACCCUGCGCAGCACCAUAAUUCUUCACCUGUCAAUCAGCACAGCUUCACCUGCUCAUUGUCAGCUAUCCGCUGUGGUUGUGGCUUACAAUGGCAAAAUCAAAGUCGUCCAAGCGCGACACCAGACGAGACAGUCCCGCAGACAUUCCCGCCGUCGACGAGCCCGCCGAGAACCACGAAGACACUUCCGCGCAAACACAACGGAAGAAGAGAAAACUUUCGCACGAUUCAACAGCGGAGCCUGCAGCUGCUCAGUCGGAAAAGGUCGCCAAUGAUGCAGACGCGGUGAAGUCUGCCGGCGCUGAGCAAAAAUCAAAGAAGAAGCGCAAGACGAAAUCCAGCAAGUCGAGCGCCGCUCAACAGACCGAAGAGGGAGGAAACAAUGCGCAGCAACAAGCCCAAGAACAUACUGGAGAAGGAGACGAAAAUGCUGGUUAUGAUGGCGAGGGCGAACACCAGGGUGGGAAGGCUGUGCGAUUUAUCGUCUUUAUUGGCAAUCUCCCGUAUUCCGCCACGACAGAAAGCGUGACCAAGCACUUUGCCAAAAUCCAGCCAACUUCUGUGCGGCACCUGACGGACAAGGAGACGGGCAAAUCAAAGGGUUUUGCAUUUCUGGAAUUCGAAGCGUACGAUCGUAUGAAGACGUGCCUGAAGCUGUAUCAUCACUCGAAUUUUGACGAUGGCAUUUCGCCCGCGCGGAAAAUCAAUGUCGAAUUGACUGCCGGCGGCGGCGGCGGCAAGAGCAGAGACCGCAAAUGGAAACUGCGCACUAAAAACGAAAAACUCAACGAGCAGCGUAAACGCCAGCAACAAGAACAAGCCAAGCAGGAAGCGCAAAAGGCGAAGAAAGGUAGACACCAGCAGUCACACCAGCAGCGGCAUCAACAACAACGGCCGCGGCCUGGAAGAGGAGGCGAUGGGGGUGGUGCCGGUGGCGGUGCCGGAAUCGGCGCCGAAGACCAAGGCGGUAUUCAUCCCAGUCGACUCGCCAUGGUUUCUGGUCCUUAGGUUCUGGCGAAGAAAUGUAUAUAUACGUUAUUCUGAUGUGCCGGAUCAAAAUUAAACGUAAGGUAUAACGGACGGACGAUUCUUGGGUCGGGUGCAUUGUACUUCAUUGUAUUUCAUUGUAAUUUUUAUUAGUUUCUAUAGGAGUUGUGUCUGUGCCGUCUACUGUGUAGGCGCAAAAUUUAUACACGAUUUAAAGAAAAGGCGAUCCAUACGAUUCAAAGUAUAUGAAUUUGAUGGGAUGUAGUAGUAUGUAUUCUUUAGAUGAUUCUCUUCUUUUGGUGGUAGCAAGAGGCCU